AUGGGUUGUUGCGCUAGUAGUAACAGAUCUUCAUCUCCAACAACAAAAAACAACGAUUGUGAACAAUCAAGAUCUAGCAUUUCACAAGUGAAAUCAUCAGAAAACAGAGCACCUCCUACUCUUCCUUUGGAAGAAGAAACAGUGAAAGAAGUUUUGUCGGAAACACCCAAAUGGAAGAAACCUAGCUUGGUCAAUUUUGAAGGUGAAAAGCCACACUGUUUUGUGAAAUUCGAUAGAGAGAACAAAGUUGAGAAACCGUUCUACAAAGUCGAUGAGAUCUCUGAAGUUUCCGAUGUUUGUAGUUUGAGCGAAAGUGUUUCCACAAUCACUGUUGAAGAAGAAGCGCGCCAAAGGGUCAACGGAUCUCCCGCUAAAAUGCGCAAAAAUCGCACCUUGUCCGGUGACAGAAGAGAGUGGACGGCGGGGAAGUCGCCGGUGAGGAGGUCGGAGCAAUCUCCGGCUAAAAGGAAUGUUGCUUCAGUGAGGAGAGAUCAAAUGGGAAAUGGGGGAAUCAGGAACCAGUCUCACCGGCGAGACGCCGGCGAAAAUUCCGGCCGCCGAUCUAGAUCGCCGGCCACCCGCACCGACAAUGGAUCGACAAGAUCAGUCGUGGGUCGGAGCUUAUCUGCAAGAAAAAUGAACCAAUCGCCUGCAAGGGUUAGAACCACCGCGCCGGAGAAUGGUGGCCGGAAAAUGGAAAAUUCAGCAACAAUGGAGGGUAAAUGGCCAUCAACGGCUAAUGAGUCGUUGGAAAAUCCACUUGUGUCAUUGGAAUGCUUCAUCUUUCUCUAA